AUAAACAAUUUUCUGCUGUUUAGUGGCAUUAAUGCCAGCAAUGACUUAAGACGUGUUGGAUAUCUCUGUUAAAUGUGAAGGUGUUGUUGCGGAAAAUUGUGAUUUAUUCGCUCAUAAAUUGGAUUAUAUCAGAGACUCAACGGAUUUUGCCAGGAACUAUGGCCAAAUUAAAUUAUUAUUUUUCGGCAGUUAUUUUGCUGAUCGCUUUCAAUGGUUCGACGGCAAAUUGGGGUACGCCAGGUAGCGGACAGUAUCAUAUACAAACUGAUGAAGGUCCAGAACGAUUUUUUCGAUAUCAAACGGACAGUGGUCAAUUUCGGAAGGAAAAGCGUUUAGAAGAUGGAACAGUUAUAGGUACCGAGGCCUGGAUCGACGCUCUUGGUUACCUAAGACAGAAAGAUUAUAUUGCCGACAAUCAAGGCUACCGAAUACUAAAAUCAAAGACAGUAUUUGUUGGAGUUAACACACCAAUUCAAGAUGCCAUGAAGGCCGCCAAAAAAACACCAGCGUCAGCUGGAACUUUAGUCGACUCAAAAAAAUCAUCACAACUUCCAAAGAACACAUACCUAUCACCAACAACACCCUCCACAUACAUUCCACCAACUACUGCUCGACCAAAUUCAAUUGAUUACAAUCCUCUCGGCUAUGACCAUUACAAAUCGCCAACCGUUUUCAUUCAGCCGAAUGCAGCCCCAUUAGAAACGUAUCUACCAGCUAACCACUUCCCAUCCACAACGGAACGACCUAUUUAUGUGACUCCGAAUGUGAACUAUUUGCCAUCGUCAACAGUCUCAUCCCAAUCACCAUAUCGUAUCAAUGUGCCAUCGUCUACGAUUCAAACACCAUUCAAUGAUGAUGAAAUCUUACAUCAACCCAUUGCCGUCUAUUCACCAUCUACUACACCAGCCCCAUCCCACAUAGAUUACGGCACACCGAUCGCUGCGUACAGUCCGUCAGUAUCGCCUUCAACCACACCACGACCAGAUUUCUUAUCAACAAUUCAGUCGUCAUCUCCCCGACCCAGUUAUGGAGCUCCCAUCGAACAAAUAAAUAACGAACUAGCGUCACCAUUUUCACCCCAUUUCAUUCAAUCGACGACGUCACGACCAUACAGUAGCCCCUCAUAUUCAAAUGGUGGCUUUGCCGACGGAAAUAAUAACGUGGAUGUGCAGCCGCUAUUCAAUCGAAACACUUUCCGCAGACCAAAUCUACCAUCACAACCGAACCAAUACUACAAUCAGAUUGGCAACAGUUACGAUCCCAGCAUCUAUUACGAUGGUGUAUCACAAACUCGAAAUGGAUUUAAAUAUUUCCUGCCUCGACAAUAUCAUGAAGAAGACAACUCCGAUCCGGAACGCAGGGACGGAAGUUUCGGUUACAUUGAUCCAUUCGGCAUUCGACGGGUGGUCUACUACAAAACAUCACCGGAAAAGGGUUUCGUUCAUCGGAAAAAUAAUCGAUAUGUGGGAUUCGAUGCGACGCCAUACGAUCCAAGACCCGAAUCAUUUUAGACGGUUGCAUCUCUCUGCGUGAUAAAAUAGAAGAACGAUUCGAAUUUAAAUUGUGACGAUUGAUGGACGGAAGUAAAGUUAUUUGCUAAAAUGAGACUAAUUUACGGUACGAAUGAAACGUGAUGAGUGAGUGGGACGAGUGAAUGUGUGAUGUUUGUCAAAUGUGGGUGUCAAUCAACAAAACUUGAUGUCCAAGGAAUUUGUUUUUCUUUUUGUGUUCAAAAUGAUUGAACGAUCAAUCUGCAAAUCAACGUCUGAGAAUCUCCGGUAAAAAGUUUCACAAAAUCACUUUAAAGCAAUUAUACCGACAGGCCUACCCAAUUAGAACUUAAAAGUCUUACCCGAAUUUCAAAUAAUUUUCACUUCGGUGAGGAUAUCGAGCGUUCGGCCUUCCUAUAUAACUCUGAUAUAUGUCAAGUGUCGAUCAAAGUUUCCAAAAUUGAAGAACAGAUCCUCCAUGUAACAAGAAACACUUAACUUCAGAGCGAUCACAUUAGGUUUUGCUUUACAGAUUGCUUUUGUUACGAGCAUACAAGUGAGCUCUAGACAACCCAUAUCUAUACUGAACACUUAUAGGUGAAGAUAGAUUUGAAAAUCAACCUUCCUAAAUUGAAGUACCGGAAUGCGGUGAUUGAAUAAUGUCAUUAUCGUUCGGUAAAAUUAUUCAUCAAAAGUGAUAAGAACUGCACUACAAUUGCAUUAAGUAACGUUCCCACCUCGUAAAAAGUUACAGUGUGGAAAAAUCCACUGUGAAGAACGACAACUUGCUGAAUCGAAACAAAAAUUUGUGGAAUGCCGCAGAGGUGUUGUACAUUGUACACUCCGGUUACGCUUCAUUUUACAUAAAAUCAAUAAAUUGAUUUUUGACUUUGAAAUAUUUAAUUGUUUAUUUUUGUAUUAAACAUUGACCUUGCCCAUAUGGUAUACCGAAUGUGAACUACUUUAAUGUAAAAAUAUUAGGAAAAAUUUUUUUCAAACUAUUAUGAAUGAUCCCAAUCUAACACUCCAUCGUAAAUAAUAGGAAGUUCGGUAUGCUAAAAAUAAAAUUUAAUUAUUCAAUACGCCCACGACCCUCUUCCAUCUAAUAAUUAUUUAUGUGGAUCUUGUUUGUUAUGAUACAUUGAGGUGUAACAACAUUGAGGCGAACUCAUAUUACGUAUACGUUUAUUUUGUUGUUGGAGUCAUAUAAACUUCGUCAAAAAACAAUUAUGUAAACACAGAAGACAAUAAUCUUUGAUGUACUGAUUUUUUGUCUCGAUACUCGAUCAUAGCAGAUGUGAUAACUUUAUUAGGCAAAAUGGGUGUCAAUUGAAUUGAUUGAUAGCGAAAAUUGCAAUUCAUUUCAAAUGAUUUUUAUUUUGAUGUGUGGGAUACAGUCGUGUUAAAAUCAAAAUCACUGGUCCUACAGAACUCUAAUCAAUUUUCAAGACAUUACAUCCCACAUCAGCUUCUUACUAUUUUUUUCUCUCUUCUUGAUCUUCUAUCAAGUGUCUGUACGAACAGAGUAUUUAAUCGGAACUUUUGCACUUCAUCUCAUUCAUAGAAAGCUUUUAAAUGAAAUCAAUUAGUUUACUGUAACCGCAAAAAAGUUUUAUCUUUCCCUGCAUACACAAUUCAAUUCAUUCCACGUGUGACUGCAAGGUAACAUGCAAUAUUUGUAGUAUUUUUCGACUUGCUUAAGCUCAAUAAAAUAAGGAAGUAAGCUCUGCACUGCAACCUUUUCGAACUUACUGAUGUACGAUGAGCAAUAGCUAAUGUAAUCUUGUUACAGGAAAAUGUAUUUUCAAAUAUAUGAAGUAAUAGAUUUCGCGUCAGUCUGUUAAAAUUGCUUAGAUCAGAGGAAAUACUAGACUCGUAAUAAUACUAGUGAUAUGUUUGUUAUCUGUACCUACUGCGGAACCUAAAAGAAUUCGAGCUUAUAGGAAAAGAUACUAAAAUUUAACGUCUGAACUUGGGAUUCUCAGAAAAAAGAUUGGAGGCGAAGAGAAAAACUACUCCGAACAGACGAACAAACUGUUUGAAUGAAUGAGUAUAUGGAAAUUAAUUUAUUAACACGUCAUAUAUAUCAAGGCUAGAAGGACACAUUGAGUUGAUUUUCGUUGAUGUAAAUGUAAAUUUGUUUGCCAAUAAAAGUAUUAACCAUUUGUUUCUAAGAAAUAAAAACCAUUCGCUUAAGCAAUCAUUUAUCUAAUAAGACUUGCCAUAACUUUUACAAAUUCAUAUUCAUACCAAUUUUAAAAUUAAUCAAAACGAAUCAGGGUGCACAAUUUGAUGUUAAUAGUUUCACAAAAUAGAAAUGUUUAAAGGGAAUCCUUUUUUGUAAAAAAAAAUGUUUAAAUAAAGGUUGAUAUGUGAUCACGUUUCAUAAAUGUCGAGAAGUAAUUAAAUAAUUGCAAGAAAUGAUCGAUUCACGGAAAUGAGUUAAAUUUAAAUUCGUUCUCUGUCAAUAGAUUUUCAUUUUGGUUGUCGUAGGUUUUAUUUACAAAUUUUUUUUAUUGAAUUAAAAAAGAAUUUUGGUCAAAUAAAUUGCGGAAAUGAAUCUUUGUUACAGAGAAAUGAUUUUGUUUUUAGAAU